AUGCGAUCACGUGGGUCCGCUCCGUCGUCUGCGCCGGGUGAGCAACACUGCACGCUGCGCAUCCGCAACCCCGCCGCCGAUGUGGUGUACCAUCUUGUCUUCGAGGGCAACAUACGCAAGCUGACGGGUGCGCAGCUGCGGCUGCACCUCGAGGCCAUCUGCCUCAUCCCAGCGGAGCAGCAGGUGCUCACGUUCAACGGCGUCCCUGUCGAAAACACAAGCACCGGGGCGUCGCUGGGGCUGCACAACAAGGCAGUGCUGGAGCUCCACACCGCGGGGGAGGCGAGUCGGAUCCCGUCUUCGCGGCGUGGCGACUGGGGUGACAGACGCCGCGGUGGGCGGCAAACGCAUCCCGCCGAGGAGCAUUUGAACCAGAGCGAUCGCAUUGAAUUUUCGCAUGGUUUAAACACGUCGGCGACAACGGCGUCACAGUGCACGCCAGUGCCACGCCCCAGGCAGCAGAGGGCAGAUAGAGAGAGGGCUGGUGAGCGUCAGCGCUACCCGUGCGACAAGCAUGACUGUGGUGGGCCACGCGCAGCAACGGGUACAUGCGCUGUGGCGCCGUUAGAGAGGACUCCUUCGGCGCAGACUUUAUCGCCGGUGGAUGUCAUCAUUGAGGAGGACGCCAUCGAUGGCCUGGGCACCGCAAUGAUUCCAUUUUAUGAUGCCGACGUUGAGGAUGCACGCUUGGAGCAAAGGGAGUAUGUGUGGAUGAUGGAGCAGAUGCGGUUUGAGACAGAACGGAUGAAUCGUGAGCGGGAGCUUCUUCGUCAACGCGAGGAACUGGAGCACGAGGCGGAGAUUCUAGAGCGAGAGAGGUGUAUCGUGAAAAGACGUACGCUGCAAGAACGACGGAAGCUCGUUGAGCUACAUCAGUGGAUAUGCGAGGAGAUGGCGAUGGAGGCACAAAUUCUGAAUCUUAACGGCCAUGAAAACGACUACAACAACUGUGCGAAUGACGACGGUGAUGGCGGUUAUUUUAUAGAGCGGGGGAAAUAG